CUAAACAAAUUGUGAGUUAAAGCUCACAAUCUUAGUUUGGGCUACAAAAAGCUGGCAGCUUUUUGCUGAACAGCCACAAGUGGGCUGAAAACAAGCUUUAAGAGAAUAAUGCCUCACACUCUAAGACUGGCUAGGAAUUUUUCCUCGGAGUGCUGGAGCUUCUGAGCUGCUAUUUAGCCCCCAUGGAAUGUGCAGCUUAGGUCAGUGAGAUUCAGGUAUUUUAGAUUAGCUGGGUCUAAUUGCGAGUUUCCCAAAGCUUGGUUACACUUUUGAUGGUCUCAGUGUUGUUUUGAAAAAGUUUACACAUAUGAAGAAGGAAGACAGAAAGAUUUAACUGCAGUAAAUAGCAAUAGAGGGAGUUUCUGGGCACUCCUUGUCGAGAUAAAACAAGAAAAUGUGGGUAUGCUGCCAGACCCUUUACACUUCUCAGUAAGUGGCGAUGAAGAAGCAAGCAAUUGCCAUCUGAGGCCCUAAAUCUAAAAGGAGGUCUGAGCACAAUUUGAAUGGUUUUGACAGAAUGACAGCUGAAGACUCCAACACCAUGAUGAGCACAGAUUCCUGUAACAUGUCUUCAACUAAAGCCAUUGAAGGGGUUGCUGGUGCCCCUAAUGAGUCUACCCUGCUUGCACUAAUGGAACGUACAGGCUACACGAUGGUCCAAGAGAAUGGCCAACGCAAAUAUGGUGGCCCUCCUCCGGGGUGGGAAGGUCAUCCUCCUCCCCGUGGUUGCGAGGUUUUUAUUGGGAAAAUUCCUCGUGAUGUUUAUGAAGAUGAGCUGGUUCCCAUUUUUGAGUCCGUGGGACGGAUGUAUGAAAUGCGCUUGAUGAUGGACUUUGAUGGUAAAAACCGUGGCUAUGCCUUUGUCAUGUUCACAGCCAAGCAUGAGGCCAAAAGAGCUGUAAGAGAGCUCAAUAACUACGAGAUUCGUCCAGGAAGGUUGCUGGGUGUUUGCAGCAGUGUGGACAACUGCAGACUUUUCAUUGGGGGCAUUCCAAAAAUGAAAAAAAGAGAAGAGAUUUUAGAAGAGAUUUCUAAAGUAACAGAAGGCGUGUUAGAUGUGAUUGUCUAUGCCAGUGCAGCUGACAAGAUGAAAAACCGAGGAUUUGCAUUUGUCGAGUAUGAAAGUCACCGGGCCGCUGCCAUGGCGCGGAGAAAGCUGAUGCCUGGAAGAAUCCAGCUGUGGGGUCAUCAGAUUGCAGUUGACUGGGCUGAGCCAGAGAUUGACGUUGAUGAAGAUGUGAUGGAAACUGUAAAAAUUCUGUAUGUGCGAAAUCUGAUGAUUGAAACCAUGGAGGACACAAUAAAAAAAGUCUUUAGCCAGUUCAACCCUGGAUGUGUGGAACGAGUAAAGAAAAUUCGUGAUUAUGCUUUUGUUCAUUUCACAACAAGGGAUGAUGCAGUUCUUGCUAUGGAGAAAUUAAAUGGAACUGACCUUGAAGGUUCCUACAUUGAGGUGACCCUGGCCAAGCCUGUGGACAAAGAGCAGUACAGUCGUUACCAGAAGGCAGCAAAAGGUGGACCAACAGAAUCACCUCAAGCAAACAUCGUAUAUUCCUGCGAUCCCUACACACUAGCUUAUUAUGGGUAUCCCUACAACACAUUGAUUGGUCCCAACAGAGAAUAUUUUGCCAAAGCAGGCACUGUGCGUGGCCGAGGUAGAGGGGCGGCUGGCAACAGAGCAGCAGGACCUCGGGGAUCGUACCUGGGUGGAUAUUCUGCAGGCAGAGGUAUUUACAGCAGAUAUCAUGAAGGGAAGGCCAAGCAACAGGACAAAGCGUAUGAACUGAUACCCAGCUUAGAUUUGGCUACAGUCAGUCCAGUCGCUAUGAAACCUGGUGCAGUGGCCAUCCCUUCCAUUGGAACCCAAUAUCAAGUGUUUCAGGCAGCUCCAGGCACUAAGCUAAUGGAAGAAAACAAAAUGCAUCCAAUGGAACACGUUCUUAAUCCUAUUGCUGUUCAAACUGAUCCAAAUGGAGCACCCAUCAUUCCUUCAGUUUCCACUCCUCCACCUUUUCAGACUCGCCCGAUAACUCCAGUCUAUGCAAUGGCUUCCAACAUUCAACGAAUUCCUGCAGCUGGGUUCUAUGGGGCAAGUUAUGUUCCAAUUGCAGCUCCUGCUUCUGCUGCCACCAUGGCAACACUGCAAAAGAAUGCAGCCACUGCUGCAGCGGUAGCAGCUUAUGGAGGAUAUGCUAGUUAUGUACCACAGGCAUUCCCUGCAGCCACCUUUCAAGUUCCUUUGCACGAUUUCUACCAAACCUAUUAGGAUUUUAUAACAAAGACUUGAUAAUAGUGAAGGAAUACACUGGUAUUUAUGAAGAAAAAAGCCAACAUAGUUCGUUGUGAAAGAUUCUAUUUUAGGACUUAAGCAAACUUCGCACCAAAAGCUAUGUGAAAGAGCAAAUGUUUUAAAAAUCUUUCUUGUUACUAAAUUUUGAAAAAAGUGUUUUAAAUUUUUGAGGUUUAAGAACGUUUCAGUAGAAACCAUUCUAUGCAUUUUUAUGAAAACACUUUUUUUGGAAUUGUCUUGUCUUUAGCAAAUAUUAUAAAAUCUUCCAUCCAUAAGGUUUGAACACUUUGAAUGUGGAUAACUAGAAGAAGGUUAGUACUUGUAGAUAUGGGUUUUUACACACUGUACUAUGAGGUUUUGUGUGAUAUGCUCACUCCAGUUAUUUAUCCUAUUGGUGCCUUCAAGAAAAGCUCAGCCUUAAUCAGAUCACAUGUCUUAAGAUCCUCAAAUGUGCAUUUAAAUACUAAUCAACACACAAAAUAUAUAACAUAGCAUAGGCCUGUUGUGGCCAAGAAUUGUGCACAAUGCUAUUUAAAAACUUGAGUUGUUUCUUUACUGAGCAACAGCAUUUUUAUUUUAGUACAUUGGGUCCAAAUAAUCUAGGAACUACAAUAUUAAAAAUUUGGGCUGUUGAACACAAAGCCAGAAUUCUACUUUCAGUUAUUUUCAUAAUUUGGGUUCUUUCAGGAACUGAAUUUUACCACCAGCUUCAGAGUGACUAUUUGUAGUACUGACCUUGAUGGGAUUAAGUAUUCAGAUUCAAAUUUGGGUGACUGAGGAAGAAAGUAUCUAAAAUUAUGUUUAUCUCGAGGUAAGGUGUGCAUUAUUUUGAAAGACUAAGAAAAACAAGGGAAAUAAAUAUCCACAGUAGUGGGAUAAGACUUCUCGAUGGUGGAUUGUCACUUAAAUACACAGGACAUUAAGUAGAAAAUAACCAUUCAGAUGAAUGCUUGACCUAGUGAGGGCAAGGCUAAUUUUCUUUCGCAAUGCUCAUUACUUUCUGUAUAUUAUGCUCUAAAACUCUUAAUACUGAGUUUUUGUUAGGACAAGGAAUAAAAUAAGCCUUGUCAGCAUGAAGUUCUAUAAUAAUAACUUUUUAUCAUGUUAAAGAAAAUUCCUAGCUGAUCUGCGGUGGUAAAGUAGUAUGGGUACUAAUGUUGUAUUUUGGUUAUGUAACAAAUUAGAUUUAUGUGUGAGUGUGUACAUAUUAUGUUUUAAUAUAAGUUUAUGAGCAAAUGUCUUUUAUGGUGCAGCAACACAUAGUAUGUGGUUUGCCACAGAGUUUUACCAAUUUCUUUCAAUACUGUUGAAGAAGAAAAAGAAAUCUUUUAUUAUUAUAGUAGGAACUAAAUGUAUUUUUGCAGUGUUUCAGUGGCCUGUAAAAGAGACUUUCAAAAAAGUCCACGUUAAAACAUGCCGUGAUACUCAUUAAAACCUGCAUAAUGUGACCACACUCUGGGCUGACCAAAGGAAACUGCUGAUGAUGACCUAAUAUCCAGUUGAGCUGCAUUCAUUGUUUUAACCUACCAAAAGUGAUUUGGUUAAAGUGCUGUGGAUUAUAUGGGGUUUUUACAGCAACAGGUUUGGCUCUUCACACUUGCUACUGUUUAUAGAAUCGAAGCUCUCGCGCACUGUAUGUAUUGAUAAUCUCACAGAAACACUAAUAACUAUUGAGAGGCACUAUUUUGAAAACUAUCUGUAAUCGAUGGGUUUUAAUGUUUCACAUUCUACAUCACCCUCUCACUGAGAGUACCUUACUUAAAUAAGUUGAGAUAACAAAAGCAGCUGCUGUGUUUGUCAGCGCUACCUCAGUUGUUUAAAUGAGGUAUCAUCAUUUUUUUUAAAAAAAAGCAAAUACUGGAUAUUCAGAGGUCACAUAUUUUCAAUUUCUUAUUACAAGUCACUGUUCUUGCCGUUCUUGGAAUCUCACCAGAAACAUCACUUAUAACUUAUGAAUUAUUAUGCACUGGAAUAUGCAGCCCCAUGUCACAGCAUUGUUGUUCCUUUGAUGGAUUACUCUUUAAAGUCGUGUGCAAUUCACUAAUUCAGAAAUUCUGAUUCCUAACAACAUGCCUGCUAUAUUCACAUUGGCAUGUUAGACCCGGUAAGAACUAAGCAGUGGCACAUGGGAAAUAUCUAUUAUUAUCAACACUAAUAGGACAAUAAAAUAUGCAAAACAAAAUGCCCUUUUGGUUAAACUUGAAACAUAAGACUAAAGUUAAAGAAUUCCAAAUACACAGGGAGAGGAAACUUCCCAGCAACACUCCAAUAGUGAGCAAAACACUCCCUUUCUUAGCUGUUAUAUUCAGUAAUGCUGUUGAAUGUCCAGGGAAUCAACAGGAUCUGAGCAACUUUUUCCUUUUCAUGUAGCCUCAUGCCCUGAAUUAAAAUGACAGACAAAUUGUUUCAUACCAAAACCUUGCCCAAGCAACCUGAGAAGGCAUUACUUGGUAAAGUUUUAAGGCAACUUCUUUUACCAGGCUAAUAUUUUCUAACUGCUGCCCAACUUGCCAUUAUGGAUUUAAAAUGUCAAAUUGUUCAGUCACAUUUUCUGCAGGCUUUUGGGUAUAGAUAGUUGUUAAGAUCAAGAUUUAAUAAUGUUGCAAACAAAAUAGAUACUGCUGCUAGAAAAUGCCGCCUUUUAGUUAAUAUGCCUUGGCUACUUCAAAGAAAUAUUAAUUCUCACAGGGUAACACCACUGAUUAGAGUACAAGAACAUUGUUCAGUUUUUAAAAAUAUUAUCUUAUAAAGAGAGGGGUUAUGGUCAGAUUUUGAGAUUCCUUUUAUUCCAAUAUUCUUUUAUUUGCCUGAAUAGCUUCUAAUAGCCCAGUGAAAUGAAAAGAAUGUAGAUGUAUUUAAAAAGAAUAUUUAACUUACAAGAUGCAUUCAAGACCCAAUUAGAAGUGGGAGAGUACUUUGGAAGAAAAACAAAGGGUUUCAAGUAACUGUGUGUGUGUGUCAAGUAGUAAAAGCUUAAUGUAUUUUUUAUUUGCUCUUUUGUUUUUGCUCUGCACAAGAGGACCUAACAAUGAUCUAACAAAGCCAAAGUAUUGAUUGUCUACUUUUGGCAGGGGCCUGUAAAAGGUCAAAGUUAGGACCCAGACUUGUGCCACUUUCUUUUAGCCAUUUCAUUCAAACAGCAUUUCUUAGUUAAGUUCAAAAUGUUGGUCUGGUGCAUAUAAAAGAACAAGGUAUACAUGGACAAGCCUUUUAAAACUAAUGUGCCUUAUUAGCAAACAAAAGCAUUACCAUUAGGUGUUUGAACUCUGUUUUCUAUUUCCUUGUGUUUUUAAAAGCUUAAGUUUAUUCUGUUGCAUUUAUAUUCUAAAGCAGUAGUCAAUAAAGCAUUAUGAAACCUG